AUGGCAACGAGCUCAUCGCAGACGGUGUACGCCUUCCGACAAUACGGGGAUCACGACAUCGAGCCGGUCGAAAAAGUGGCUUCAGGCGGGUUCGGGACCGUGAUGCUGUAUCGGUUAAAGCAUGGGGAUAGGCGGCUGGUCGCGGUGAAGCUGGGCCAGGCGCGGAAUCUGAUGCGCGAGCUGAACUUCCUCAGACGCCUGGCUGGAAAACAUCAAAACAUUGUGCAGGUGAUGGGAUGCGUACCGGACGGAGGCUUUGUGAUGGAGUACCACGCUGAGGGCACCCUCGCUGACAUUCUUGACCCGCCGGUCUUCGAAAACGCUCGCCUCAUUUUCCCGGUCUACAACCACCGCCAUAUUAUCCAUUGGUGCACCCAACUGGCAUCCGUUCUCAGCUUCCUCCAGGACCAACAAAUUGUCCACGGUGACCUGAAGCCCCAGAAUAUCCUGAUGAAAUACAAGCGACUCAGCAUCCGAGUGUGCGAUUUCGGGUCGGCACGGGACUGCGCGAGCUCUCGCGAGGUGUCUAAUUGGGCGCAGACCCAGGAGCAGGCGUCGACCAGGCGCUCCUACACACCGCGCUACCACGCGCCACAGCGCGGCAUCGGCAGUGGCGGGUUCAAGGACGACAUCUACAGUUUCGGGAUAAUUUUGUGGCAAUUGCUGACACGCAAGGAGCCGUACGAUAAAAUACCGGGCGAAGAAGUUCUAACCCGCGUCGCCGAGGGCCUCCGCCCGCCCAUCGACCCUGCGAUUCCCGCCGUUUUUGAACAGAUUUUACUACGAUGCUGGGAUCAAAACAUCGAGGCAUGCUUUGAGGCCCCCCAACUCAGCUAUGCGAUGCGGCAGCUUGCUGACCGGUUUCGCGAUCCUCUAGAGCUGCUGGGGACUUUCGGCUACCGUACGCGUCCAGAUCUCGAUCCCGAAUCUUGGGUCGACACCGAGUUGAAGCCACUGGAGGGGUCGACGUUCAGCGAUCUGUCGACGAAGCAAUCCGGCCAAUCCGGCAGUGUGGAAGUCCAGUUGACCGGCAAGGUGUUUGAUGCGGUCGAGGGUUAUUGGGAUUACUGCCAAGAUUACGUGAACACGAACCCCCCAAAGAAGAGCUCAGGACGAAUUCUGAAGAAUUUCGCAGCGUAUUGCCUAGAUUCGAUCCACGAGCUCAGCCAUUUGCCCGACGAUCCGGACUUAACCACCUCGGUCAUCAAUCAACCUUUGCUGCGCGACGUCGUGGCUCAUAUGAAGGAC